CUCAAGGAAAGCAGUUUCAAAAGUUAUGGCGACCAAAUAUCAAUCGAUAGUGAUGACGACCAAAUAUUAAGCCCCAACAAACUGCUGCAAGAUCCAAAAGUAGAAUACAACCAGCAUUUUGAAGAGCAUGAAGCUUUUCCUGCCAGGAAUGACAUGGCAGACAUCCGGGAAGACGGAGCUUCGCCAGCGCCCGAGGAGCCGCAGGCAGCCCGCGCGCGGCUGCACGAGUGCGCCCCCAAGACCCGACGCCUGCGCUCGCCCCCAGCGCUUGACGGCAUGGACGACGGCGACGCGGACAGCGAAGGCGGCAGCGACAGCGACAGCGACGGCGACGAGCAGGGCGAGGCCGGCGAGGGCGGUGAGGCCACGGGGGCGGUCUUGAGCGGGGGUGGGGGCGGGGCCGCGGCCCCGGUCGCGGCUCCCAGCGCAGGGCAAGACAGCCCUCGAGCCGCCUGCACCAGCGCCAACUGCUGCCGAAUUCGCUGCAGCGGCGCCAACGGCAGCUGCUGUCGAAGUCGCUGCAGCGGCGUCAGCGGCAGCUGCUGCCGAAGUCGCUGCAGCGGCGCCAACGGCAGCUGCUGUCGAAGUCGCUGCAGCGGCGCCAAUGGCAGCUGCUGUCGAAGUCGCGUGCAGCGGCACGCCUCGUCAAGCGGCAGCUUGCUCGCCGAUAGUCGCGUGCUGCCCGUCCCAACGCCAAAUUGCUGCCGAUGCCGCUGCAGCGCGCCAGGCAACCAACAUGGGCUGGCGCCGGCGCGGGCAGCCACACCAGCAGGCAGCAGCGGCGCCAGCUCCAGCAGCAGUAGCAGCAGCAGCCGCAGCGGCCGCGCCGGCAGCGACAGCCCCGAGUGGCGGCCCGUGGUGCGCGUGUGCCGCCCCCACUGCCGCGAAGAGCGCUUGUCCCCUUGCUGCCUGCACGAGCGCCUCGCCCUGGUGCAAGCCAUGGAGGCGCUGCCACCGCUGCCGCUCACCCCGCCGCACCUGCUGCGCGCCUCCCCGCCGCCGGACCCGCCCUUGAACUUGCCAGUGCCCAGGUUCUCCCCCUCGCCCUGCCCCUCGCCUCUCUCCUUGCCGCCGCCCUCGCCCUCGUCCUCGUGCUCGCCCUCCUCCCUGUCGCCGCCCCCGCUCUCGCCUUGCCCCUCGCCGGUGUCGUUGCCGCCGCCGCCGCAGUCGCCUACGGGCUCCGGUUCGCCCUGGGACGAGAGCGACUUCACGGACGACGAUCUGGACCUCAUCAGCGAGAGGCACGUGGAUGGAGGUGAC